AUGGCAGCCAACACGGCGCGGCUCGAGCGGGCGCAGCUCGUCGCCUCGGAGCUCGCGACGGUCUCGACGUCCAACGUCGCGCGCGUUGGGCCAGCGUACGCCUCUGUCACGUACUAUCGAAUGGACAUUGCAUUCAAGCGCACGCCCCACAAGUGGACUAUUGCCAAGCGCUACUCGGAGUUUUACGCCCUCCGACGAACGCUCAAGUCGCUCAUGCAGCGUGCCAAGCGGCAGCCGUCCGAUAAGGUCGCUCUGCCGCUCAAGCUCCUCGAAGACGGGAUGGCCAAAGCCUUCCCGCGCCGCCAUUUUCGCGCGGACAAUGCCGCGAUCAUUGCCGAACGACGCGCGGCGCUCGAGGCGUUUGUGCAGCUGCUCGUUAAAAUCAUGUGCAGCUUCCCGCCCGAGUUUGACCGCGACGCGCGCGCCGGUCUCCUCAAGGACCUCCACGAUAUGCUCAAGCACUUUUUGGCGUUUCCGGAAGAGCAGCUGCAUCUGGACGCGAAGCGAACGCUUGCGAUUCUGGCGCUGGAAGAUGUUGUCGUUGCCGCGAGUAGCGACGAGGCGUCGACGACGGCGUCGGUUGUGAGCGAAGACUGCUGCAGCAUCUGCCUCGGCGACUGGCACGACGUCGAGUGUGCCGAUAUGCAUGUGGUCAAGCUCCCAUGUAACCACGUCUUCCACGAAGAAUGCGUCCUCGACUGGCUCAACGGCAGUGCCGAGUGCCCGCUCUGUCGGUCGGAGCCGAGAUGA